CUAUGUACUGAUAAAGUGAAACUAUUGCAUUUUGAUUUUGUUUCAAAAUGAUAAUUGUGUACCACACUGAUCAAAUUUUAGAAGAUAUUUUAGUCUAAAGACUCCAGAAAUUACACAAUCAUAUAUGUGCAGCAUCAUAUAUUUAAAACACAUAUAUUGGCUAUAAAGAAAUUCUUCCGAAAUAUUCAAAGACGGUAUGUUUUCGCAUAACUGGUCAAGGUGUCAGAGGCUGAAGCACGUGCGGGCGGGUCCGCCGUGAGGAUGCCGGCUGGCUGACGGGAGGGGGAGGAUGGGAUGGCUGUCCCCUCCCCUCGUCCUCUGUCUGACGGUGUUGGGCUAUUGCUGGGCCGUCUGCCGCCUCUCCGAAUACAGUUGCGACAAUGGGCGAUGCAUUGAGUCUGGCCGAUAUUGCGAUGGCACCGAUGACUGCGGAGACCUCAGUGAUGAGCCACCAGCCUGCACUAAUUGUAAUCGAACAUUUUAUGCGGAAGUCAAUAUAAAAACUCCUCUUCGUAUGACGACGCCAUUUCAAAGAUCCCUUCCUUAUGUGUGCAGUAUGACAUUUGUUGCGGCUGGUGGAGAGUUUGGAGAUGUUGUUCAACUGACAUUUUUGUCCUUCCAGAUAGGCGCCCUUGAACUGGACAGUAAUCUCUCACCAGUUUGUCUGAAAGGCUAUUUGCAAAUCCUGGAACCGCCAGCUGUGACGAAUGCACUUCUCAGCCAGCAAACCAGAGGUUUUGACCAGCUCAUACAAGCCCUGAAAGAACCCACCGAACAGCUGUCUUCCCUCUUCGAUAUUUCGAGAGGCAGUCCUGAGUUUGGGCGUCUUUGCGGAGAUAUGAUUGGUAAAAGUGCCACAUUCUACACUGAAGGAAAUAACGUAACAUUACGUGUAGUCAUACCUGGACGUGCAGUUCUGCAUCCAUUUUCCUUCAGUGUAUAUUUGACUUACAAGUAUCUUCCAAAGGAUACGUCUAAUCAAGGUAGUGUCAGUGCUCAGCAAUCUACACAUCAUCUACAAGAGCAGCAGCAACAUCCUUCAGCCUCUAAAAGUCCCGUUCCUCCAAGCAACAGCAACUAUUAUUAUGGAUCUAAGGUGAGGAAUACGUUCUGCGACAGAGUUUUGAUGGACUGCGAUCGUAGACGUUGCGCUAUACGGUCACCGAAUUUCCCAGGGUUUUACCUGAGAAAUAUUACCUGCCAUUUCUGGGUUCGACAAGAUUAUGUACCUCAUGGUAAGCACGCCAACAUAGUUUUGGCUCAGGACAAUGAAUAUAAGAUAUCUCUUUACACCGGAAGGUCUAGUCCUUUGUCUUUCCCUCAUGUCUCGUUAACUGAGGAGUGCUAUAGUGAUGUUAUCCGAAUAUUUGAUGGUCCCAGCACAUCAUCUCCCCUCUUAAUUGAGUUCUGCGGAGCUGGAACACUUCCAGAAAUAGUGUCCAGCGGUCCAGAGGUGUUGGUGCAACUUUACAGUGCCCCUAAUCAAGUUAUGCACAAUUCCUAUGCUGAAAUUAAUGUAGAAGUGCGAUUUACGGAAGCCUCCAACUUCAGAGCUCAUAAUGGACGUUGUGAAUUUAUCAUUGAUGGUUCAAAACGCCGACAUGGACUUGUAUAUAAUCCCCGUCAUACCAUUCCCGGAAACACGACGUGUUCCUUUCGUCUUCAAGGAGCUAGUUCUCAUGAUAGGAUUUGGUUCUACUUUUUAUCAUAUUUUGUCGAAGAUCGGCACCCGUGGUCCAGGCGCGAAACUUGUGAAGUGGGAAAACUGGAAGUUUACGAGCCAGGUAGCUCUCGAAAGAGAGAUGCUGCGGCACUUUUGGUCACGGGGAAUCUCGAAGAGGAAACUGGCGACAGACAGACUUCUGAAAGAAAAACAGAUGAGCCAUCAUACCGCUUUUGUGAGAAGACCUUUCCUAAAGUGUGCGCUCGUGCAGCUGACAACCCCGAAUACGUCCCAGUCCGUCCAUGCAAGGUUCCCGAUGAGAGUUUGUCCCGCGGGCCGGGAUUAAUUUUCAGGCACAAUGUUAACACCACUCCCGAAUUAUCCACCUCUAGCAGUUCAUUUACUCUCCGUUAUGAAUUCGUGGACAUGAGGCAACAUGGCUCUCCAAUUAGCAACACUCGUGGACCAUGUAACAGGCGAUUUGAUAGCAGGAACAACCAUAUUGGUACUGUAUCUUCUCCUAAGAAUGUAUUCUUCUUUGGACGAGGUGGGAAUGAAAAUGUGUCUUGUUCUUACGAAUUUUUGGGGUUACCUACAGAGAGAAUUGAUGAAAUGAGAGCCUCCAACAUUAUCUUACAUGAAGAGGGUAAAAAGAACAACUGUAUAGAGGUUGUAUUCCAGGUUCCUUCGACAGUCGAAGGUCGCGCCAUGCCGCUUCGUUGUCGGUGGCUUCUUGAGGCAGCUCCGCGCAAGUAUCUUUAUUUACGAUUCAAAGGGACUGAUGGGGCUGAGGGUUGUCUCUCAGGUAACAAGAUUAUAGUAUAUGCCGGUCUUCCGGUGCAGCCGUUAUCUGUCGUGUGUCUACAUGGUGGUCGCAAGUCCUCCACUUCCAUUGCUGGAGUCGAAUCUGCAUCUUCCUCCGCUACGGAUGCUGACCAUGAAGUGGAUGUCUUUUCUAACUAUUGGUACAACGAUUCGUCGCGCGAGAGCGGUACACGGCAUGUGCUGCGGGAUCAUGUGUACAUUGAAGUACUAGCCAACCAUGCGGAGACAGUACGGUUCGAGUGGAUAGAAGUCACGAAACCAUUUUUCCGUACUCACACUGGUCAGUUGUUGCGUGAUGUCAACUGCCCCUUCGAGUGCCCGGAACUGAAUGCCUGUAUCGGGCCAGAGCUGUGGUGCGACGGCAGAAAACACUGUCCAUCCGGCUACGAUGAAGCACCGGCUCAUUGCGACAGAUUCCCUACCCCUUACGUAGCAGCUGGAACGUCUGCGGGAGCGAUCCUUCUCCUAUUAGCCCUUGCCCUGAUAACCAUUCGCUGCAGACAAAGAGGACAAUUCAAACAGUCUCGGCCAGUGCCAACAGAUGAUUUUCCCAUGGACAGUCCACAUGUGUGAUAAAUGUUUGACUAAAUAUUAAAAGAGAUAUCUUGUCAAAAAUGCGUAUCAAAACUUGCAUACGUGUGUAGCACCGACAACAGUCAUAUUCGACAAUUCAUUUAUGAGAAUAUGGUAAUGCUUAAAUUUUAGUUAACUUUGAAGUCCAUUAAUUUGUUUAUGAUUCGUGCUCUUCAAAUUUUAAAUUACUUCAAAAUUAGUUGCUUCAAAAGUAUAAUGAAGUUUGUACUUAUUCGUAUUUUUCUUACAGUAAAACUGCUGCAAUGAAUCUUUUGUUGUGGGAAUCAACAUUUUAAUUUAAUAUUAUUAAUUUUUGAUGAGGCCAGUAAAUAUACAUUUUAAUUUUCUUUAUUACAGCGAGAAGAUUUUGUGCGAAAUAUGUUAUGAUAUAAAAUAGUAAGGAUAUUAGGCGUUUUGAUAUUUUAAAUACUUCGCCGCCUAAAUUAAUUAUUAGAAAAGCAUGAAAUAUGUAAUGAUUUUAACGAUACCAGCUAACAUAAUUUCAAAAAAUAUUUAAUAAUAAACCAAAAGUACUGUUUUUUUGAUAACGCAAAUUUAACGAGUCAUCCCAGUCCAGCGAUUUAAGACUUUAAACUCAAAAGAAGUUAUAUAAUGCUCAUUGUUUAAUAUCUUUAAUGAAAUAACUACUUUUAAUUAUGCUCCGAAAAGAUCUAAAGAGAAGGAAAUGAUUUUAAAGUAUUUUAUAUUUUACAAUGAACA